GCAGACUUGGUUUGCGGCAAGGUCGUGAGUUUCAGGAUGGCGCACAUGAGAUCUGUUCUCCGGGGUCGCCUCUGUGGGAUGAGGGAGAUAUUGAGGUGCCAAAAAGCAUCUUAUACGGAAGCCUCCAGGAAGGAGACUCACUUCGGUUUCCAGGCAGUGUCUGAGGAGGAGAAGAGGGAGAGAGUUUACAAAGUGUUUGAGAAUGUUGCUCAUAAUUAUGAUAUUAUGAAUGAUGCCAUGAGCCUGGGAGUGCACCGGUUUUGGAAGGACUGGCUGUUGCAGCUUAUGAAACCUACACCAGGGAUGCAGCUACUGGAUAUGGCUGGAGGAACAGGUGAUAUUUCAUUUCGUUUUAUUAAUUAUAUUCGCGCUCAGAGAGAAAAGUGGAUUCGUCAAGAGUUGAAAUUCCAACAGGAUCUUUCCUGGCCAGACAUCUCAAAGACUUAUCAGAACAAAGAAGAAGGCUCUUUGAUGGGAUCCCGAGCUGUAAUAUGUGAUAUAAACAAAGAAAUGCUUAAGGUUGGUCUGCAGAAGUCACUCAGGCUGGGCUAUUCUGAAGGACUGUCCUGGGUAGCAGGUGAUGCCGAAGAGCUGCCAUUUGGUGAUGAUAAGUUUGAUGUUUAUACCAUUGCCUUUGGCAUUCGAAAUGUGACCCAUAUAGAGCAGGCAUUGCAGGAAGCCUAUCGUGUACUUAAACCUGGAGGAAGGUUCUUAUGCCUUGAAUUCAGUCAUGUCAACAACCCACUUCUCUCCAAGAUAUAUGAUGUAUACAGUUUUCAAGUGAUUCCAGUGCUUGGAGAAGUCAUUGCCAAAGACUGGAAAUCUUACCAGUACCUUGUAGAGAGCAUCAGGCGCUUCCCAUCUCAGGAGGAGUUUAAGGCCAUGAUAGAAGAUGCUGGCUUUUCCAAGGUGAACUAUCACAAUCUGACAUCUGGUGUUGUCGCAGUGCACUCGGGCUUCAAAUUAUAAAUCAAACACACUAUAAAGCACACAGAGAACUAGAAUAAACUCAUGAAAACCUGCAAUUGAUGUAAACUAAAUUCGUUUACAUUUUCACGAAUGAAGCCACUUUGAGUGUGGAUGCUGUUUAUGUGGUUUAGUUCUCGAAACGUCCGAGUACAAUCAGAGACUUCAGAGUUGCUGUUUGCAGGAUGGGCUCUCCCAUUAUCACAAUCAAAGGAAAACAUGACGGAUUCCUAAGUCAUUCUUGGCAGUGGAAACUGAAUACUAAGCAUGUCUAAAACACUCGUUCUUUAAGUAAAAUUAUUUUUGCAAAAUUGUUCCUCAGUUGAAAACGGUUUAAAAAAAAAAGAAUACAGCCAAUCAGUGUGAUACAACAGCAAAGUUGCUUAAGUGGCCUCUUUGUAUUAUUAAAUAUUGCUGGGGUAAACUAAAGAACCACUGACAUAAACUUACACUUGUCUAGCAAGAGCUUGAUAAAGCUGAGAUUCCAAAAGGAGGCAGUGAAAUGUAUGUAUACCAUUUAAACCUGUGAAAGUGCUAAGGCAACUGGAAUGUAAACAUAUGGACUUGUGUUACUUGGACAUGUAAUUAAUUGUGUGAUCUGUGAGUGAAGUACAUACGAAAUUGGCUCGAUAAAGAGAAUUGAUGCUCCUGAAAUAUUGCUUUUAAUAAAAUUUAUAAAGAAAGAAAAAUGACAA